GGCCGAUCGGGUACGAUUUUACCCGAUAACAAUUACGUAUUCCCGAUGCCGCGCUGCCGGUCGUUGUCGCGAUGCUUCGGACCGCUUAUAGAGUUAGACUUAUAGACUAGUAUCGAUUACGAACGGAGAGCUACUAAUUUAAUAUCGGGAUCGAACGUGUAGUCGCUGCAGUUCCGCGUUGUCUUGCACGUUUGUCUCAGUAUUGUCGCGCGGCGACCGUCGGCCGAACGUGUUUCGCUGUUGAUUUUCGAUAAGGAGGCAUGUGGGGCCACGUAUCGAUCUCGAUCGCAAUCCUGCUGGCGUCGUUGCUCUAUCAUUAUUACUUUCGCGAGCCGGCCAGCGUCGUUGUUUAUCCUGAGACGCAUUACGACUACAUUGUCGUCGGCGCUGGUACGUCUGGCUGCGUGAUUGCAUCACGGCUCUCGGAAAUGUCGAACGUGACCGUUUUGCUCGUGGAGGCCGGCGGAUACUUCGGAUGGCUAUCGACCAUGCCGCUCUUAGCGCCGAUGAUGCAAGGCACCGAGGUCGAUUGGGCCUACCAAACGGAGCCGCAAGUCUUCUCGUCCCGAGGGCUCCACGGCUAUAGACAAAACUGGCCAAGGGGAAAAGGACUUGGAGGAAGCGGGCAGCUUAAUUAUCUCGUUCAUUCUUUCGGGAGGCCCGAGGAUUACAAGAGAUGGCCGAAGGGUUGGUCGCACGCCGACUUGCUUCCCUACUUUCAAAAAGUGUCCAAUAUUAUGAACGUUAUCCCGAUGCCGGAGGAAGAGUAUCUAACGAAGGCCUUCGUCCUGGCCGAGGAAUCAUUGAAGCUGGAUAACGUGUCGUUGCGAAAAGCGAUGUACACCGCGAAGAACGGAGCCCGAUGGAGUACUCAUCACGCGUAUUUGCGGAAGGCUUGGAAUCGCAAAAAUUUACAUAUUCUGAUGAAUACACUCGUCGCCAAGAUACUUUUCAAGAAUAGCAAAACCGAUGGCAUUAAAGUAAUAUAUAAAAACGGCUCCGUGGGGAAAAUCGGCGUGAGGAAGGAAAUAAUUCUUUGCGCGGGCACUAUCAACACUCCGCAGUUACUCUUGAUUUCUGGCAUAGGACCAAUCGGCGAAUUGAAGAAGCAUAAGAUACCCGUGGUGCGAGAUCUGCCCGAGGUAGGUCGAAAUUUGUUCGAUCAUCUGAACGUGCCCGUUUACGUAAAUCUGCGGGAACGAGUCAGUAUCACGCUCGUGAAGCUGCAAACUGUACCCGAGGUGUUCAAUUAUUUCGCCUUCGGAACCGGAUGGUUGGCCACUAACGGCGUAAUGGGAUUCGGGCGUGCUAAUAACAGUGGCCUCCUCCUCUUCGGAGUGGCGUCCACGGAGGAAAAAUUGCUGAAGGCCAUCUCAAAUUUCGAGACCGAGACGUUUAGAUCGCUAUUUCCGUCGUAUAAUGACAGCAUGCACGAGGGAUUUAUAUAUCUGGUCACGUGUUUGCAACCGAAGAGUCGUGGAAGCAUAACAUUGAGAUCGAGCGACAUCCGCGACCCUCCGAAAAUUAAUCCCGCGUACCUUCAGGAUCCCGACGACGUAAUGUGUACCUAUCGAGCUAUAAACUUCGCGUUGGAGACUCUUGAUACGAGACUCUUUCGCGAAUACGGCGCGAAGGUCCACGUCCCCGAUUUCGAAGAGUGCCGUCAUUUGCGACAGGACUAUCGGGACGUCGAUUAUUCGGAGUGCGUCAUGAGAAUCGCAGGACUCACGAGCUACCAUCCGUGCGGCACAUGCAAAAUAAGCGCGGACGACGACGCGGUUGUAGAUGAGGAAUUAAGGGUAAAAGGCGUGAGUGGAUUGAGGAUAAUGGACGCCAGCGUAGUGCCAUCUCCAAUUUCCGGCACGCCGAAUUCAGUUCUUGUCGCGAUGGCCGAACGAGCGUCCGAUAUAAUUUUAAAUCGGUCGUCUAACUGAGAUCCAAUUUAUUUUACGACAUGUAACAUAUACGAUUGUAAAAAUAAUAACGUUUGCAAUUCAUGCCACUUCGUUUGUUGAUUACCCGUUAUGAUUUGUCGUCAAUCGUGGAUUUAGGGAAAGGAUACAAAGGGAACGGUCAAUUAGCGAAUGAAAAAAAAUCCAUGGUGCUCCAAGUUUUUUGUAAUUUAUAAUUAAUGGUAAAGUU